GCUGGGCCACAUUCCCCGCACGCAGUCACGGAAGCUGAUGUGUAUCAGGAUAUCAGAACGACUCACUGCUACGCCCGGGUUUGUUAUCCAAGAGGACUUUUAACUGAAAUCAUCGAUACCCAUCAGUGCCAGUGAAUCCUCACUAUCCUAUUGGAAGGAGGAGAAAAGGCCAGGUUGGGCUCCGGGGGAACGGUGUGGGCGUGUUUGACGGACGACCCUUGACCCUGCCCGAACCCAGUGAGGAUAACAAAAGAGUCCGCCGACGAGACGUGGAAGAAUGUAGCUAAGCUCGGUCUGGGGAGAGUGGAACGGAUCCGUCUGACUGUGGGGCAGAAACACUCACACACACACACGUACAGUGUGUUGUAACCAGGAGAGAGGGCCAUGUUGCCUGAGAGGGUUUCCAUGGAACUCCUCGAUAACUCCGGUUCGACCAUGCAGGGCUUAAAUGUCCGCCUGAAGGGCUUCUUGGAGCAGGUAAACCGCCUGGAGGUGUCCAACCAGCGCCUGGAGAGCCAGAUCGUAGACUGGAGCAACAAGAAUGUCCCCCAGCCACGAGACCUUUCCAAGCAGGAGAGGACUAUUAACGACCUUCGUGCCCAGAUUGCUAAGCUGCUGAUGGAGAAUUCCCAGCUGGUCCUGCAGUCUGACAACAUGAAGUCCAGGGCUGCUCAGAUCCAAGCCAGGUGUGAGAUGGAGGAGAGGCAGACCAAGCGUCUGGAACAGCAGGUGGGUCAGCUGAGGGAGACCAAGAGGAGGGCGGAGCUUGGCAACAUCACGCUGGAGGCGGAGCUUCGCAGCUCCAUGUCCGAGCUUCAGCAGACGCAGAAGGACUUUGCGGAGGCUGAGACAGCCCGGUCUCUGCAGCAGCGGCAGCAGGCCGAAUCCUGCGAUGUUCUGCUCGUGACGGACACAGCGGGAGGGGAGGAGGAUGGCACAGGGAUGGAGCUCUCCCAGCUCCUCGACCGAAUCAGCACGCAGCGCGACCGUCUCAGCCAGGGCGACGUACACCCAAGCCUGGACGCCCCGUCGAAUCCGGGCCCAGGCUUUGCCGGGCUUAGCCGGGCCAGAGCAGCGGCUUCAACGUCCGCAUCGGCAGCUCUCGCAAACGGAGUUCUCGCACAGGAGGAGGCAGCAUGGGCCCAGGUGAACCUGGGCGGGGCCGCCCUGAAGGAGGCCCGGGCCGAGCUGGCGGAGGCCAGGAAACAGUGGCACAGCCUCCAGGUGGAGAUUGAGACCCUACAUGCCCUCGAGAAAGGCCUGGAGAGCUCCCUCCACCACACCCAGCGUCAGUACUCCACCCAGCUGCACGACCUGUCGCGGACCGUCGCCGGGCUGGAGGGGGAGCUCCACGAGGUGCGCGGCGGCCUGGUCACCCAGCGCGAGCGGCACAGCCAGCUGCUGAACACCAAGAUGAGGCUGGAGCGGGAGAUCGCCACCUACAGGCGCCUGCUGGAGCGUGAAGAGGGCAGGUACUUGGGCCGUAAUGGCCAGGUGAUGACUCUCCAGCCCUGGAGGGGCUCCUUGGGGGAACCCAAGGAGAACGGUCUGGAGAACGGUUUCAGUGACCUGGCAGUGACCCCUGACGAGCCCAAGUCGGAGCCCCUGCCCGACAUCCCUUCGCUGCUAACUGAGAACGGCAUGAAGGGUCAUGCUGUCCUUCGCCGGCAGCAGAGUCUGGUCAUCCUCACAGAUCCUGAGACAGACAACGAGCUUAAGAUCGCCACGGUGAAGACCCAGGAGAUCCUCCAGGGCAAAGUUGUGCGUGAAAGUGCAGAAUGCCACGGCACGGUAGAGACCGAGAAGAUUGACAAGGUGAUCAAGCAAUGGGAGGGCUCCUUCUUCCAGGGAAACCCCAAGCUGAGGAAGAAGUCGGUGUCGCUGCGCUUCGACCUGCACAUGGCGGCGGCCGACGAGGGCUGCGCCCAGACCAAGCAGGACAGCCUGCCCGACGUGGAGGUGCGUCUGGUCAUGAAGCGAUCUAGAAGCAUCCCCACCAUCACCCAGUGACCCCAGCAUGGCCGCAGCGAUCCGUGACAUCACGGCAAUGACAGUAGUUAAGGUUGACCUGCCAGGAUACCCAGGCGUCGUUGUCGACGUGAUGUCGCAGUAAUAAGAGAGUGGCAUUCUUUUGGGGGUCACCACCAUCAAGACUGACAUGAGAUGGGAUCACCAGAGGGAACAGCCCAGCCAAUCCAUUGGCUUGUGGUACAGUAUCGCCAUGACAACCCAGUAUCCAGAGUUUUCUCAAUACCCAAAUCACGACAGUGACAUCAGCAUUCUUGUCUGACUAUUUAGCAAAACACAUCAUUAGCUACCUCAUUUCGGUAGCAUCGUCUUAACCAGCCCAGUAAACAAUGAAGGGCCACACUAAUCAGAGAUCACAUGGGACCAUCCCCUCAUUUCACUCUCGGUCAGUGGGAUUAUUAAAAUAUCCCAAGUUAAAUAUCACAUUUUCUAACUCUACCUGCAGAGUGCAUUAGGGCAUAGUUAUAAGAGAUUUACACAAGCUAUAUCUGUCUUCAUACGAAGCCACAGCAUAAAAUUCAAUACCACUCAAUAUAACAGUUCACACUUAACGUAAAUAAUGAUAUAUCACAGACUUGUACAUGACAUUCUAGUGUGGACUGUCUAUAUGUAAGGCUAGAUAUUUUCUUGUCUGUGAGAAUUGGUUGAUGGGUUUGCUAUGCAUGGACUCCUGAAGAGAUCCAGAACUGGGAGAUUUGGUGAUGUAAAAAAAAAAGUGUGCUUUCUUUAACAUUGCUCCACUUGCUAAAUAUGCUAACAUGGACACAGUCAAACCAUAGCAAUUAAAACAGAACAUGUACAGUACAUAAUGCAAUUUAUAUUCUUUCAACUGCUCACUGUGACUCAAAUUGCAACUAGGCUACUAACGUCACUUACUUUGUGUAAGAGAAGAAUUCCCAGAUUUAGCCAGAAGGGCGCAGUAUUUGUAAAUAGUUACAUAACAGUAUCAAGAAUGCUUAACUUUGGGGUUGUGGUGUAUUAAACAAAGUAUAUAACUAUAUGACUGGUUACACGAUUAAACAAUAUAAAUAAUUGUUGCUACCUUUUUUGAUUUAGCACCAAAGAUAUGGAGAAAGAAACCAUUGUGCAUUGCAAUUGGGUGCCUCUGAUGUAAAAAAAAAAAAGUGUAAAAAUCGGAAUAAUCUAUGCAGUUCUUCAUAAUGCUUGAUUUGCUCUGCUUGGUGGAGUACUUGAUCUAAGUUCUCUUUUUGUUUCUGGGAUCCUCUUUCACUUAAGAAUGAAGCAUUGUGCUUUUAUCGAACAAAUUAAUCCUUUAAAUAAAAAGACCACAAACGCU